AUGUCGCGUUUCGUGUCGGCGGGUGCGAUCGACGUCAAGACGGGCGAGGUCGUCGUCGCCGAGGAGGCGAAGAACGGAGACGGCACCGCCGCCGCCGCCGUCGAGGCGAAGAAGAAGGCAGAGUGGGAGAUUGUGCAGAGGGAGCUCGAGGCCGAGAGGAAGCGGAGGGAAGAGGCGCGGGUCAAGAGCGUCGAGGGCGGGGAGAGGAGCCUGUACGAUGUGUUGCAGGCGAACAAGGCCGCCAAGCAGGCCGCGUUCGAGGAGGCCAACAAGAUCCGGAACCAGUUCCGCGCGCUCGACGACGACGAGAUCGAGUUCCUGGACGAGGUGCGCGAGGCGAAGCGCGCCGAGGAGGAGCGGGUGCGGCGGGAGACGGAGGAAGGGCUCGCGGCGUUCCGGCGGGCACAGGGCCAGGGCCAGAAGAGGCCCGGUGACGGCGACGACGACAACGAUGCAUCCGAAGGAGGAGGGGGGGGAGCAGACGGGGGAGCCGCGGCGGCGGGGGGCGUGUCCGGGGCCCGGGACGACGGCGCGGGCAAAGCGGAGGAGGAGUGGGCUGUCGGGCCGAGGAAGCGGAGGAAGAGGGAGAAGGGGGGGUUCGGGGUGAAGAGGGUCGAGGAGAAGGAUGCAGCGGAGAGGAAGACGUCGGUCGGGGAGAAGGCUGCUGCUGCUGCUGCUGCUGCUGCGGCGGCGGCGGUGGCGACGGCUGCCCAGGACGGUGGUGAGAAGAAGGAGGACGCCGCGAAGGCAAGCCCGCCCGCGCCGCCGGCGGCCAAGGCGAAGAAGCUGGGCCUCGUGGCGUACGGCUCGGACUCGGACGACGAUUGA